AUGACAAUACGGAGUAAAAUCAAUUCCUCGGUAUCUCCAGUCGCCCGGUCCACUGCUAUUCCAGACCGGUGCACUCCGUACCCCCGUACUCUGGGUAUAAUAAUAUUCCACACUAUACAUGGCAGUGUAUACUAUUCUGUACUUACAAUCUGGGUAUGGAAUAUACCCACGGCUAUUGGACGGAAAAUGGCGAACGGAAUCGGGGAGACGGAUUACUCCAUGUGCUAUCCGGAAUUGAAGGAUGGGCUGCCUCAACCUAACGGGCUAGCUUGGCAGAUCGGCCAACCACGGUGGGCUAGUCGCCGGUUGACUGUUUCAGCCUCGUUAGCACCCAGGAGAUGA